CGACGCGCGAGUGUACGUUCGAAGUGCACGCUUUCCUUUAUCGUAGGAUGGCCGCGAUGCUGUCCAACUGUUCGCGUUUCGCGCCUCGCGUAAUUACGCGGAGUAGCGUGUUACGGGCCAAGGUCGCGAAAUCGUUGUAUAGUCAAGGGCGCACUGUAAUUAUCCAUGCGGAACAUAUGCCCAAUGUCAAAACUUUAUUAUGUAGAAGAUAUAAGGCAAACUGUUAUUGGGUAAAUCGAGCGAGACAUAUACAUUCAACUUCAGCGUUAUGGGAGAUCAAGGAAGUUCUAGUCCCUGCGUUUGCCGAAAGUGUAAGCGAGGGCGACGUGAGGUGGGAGAAGAAGGUUGGCGAUCAGGUCAAGGAAGACGAUGUUCUUUGCGAAAUCGAAACGGACAAGACUUCGGUUCCCGUUCCAUCACCUGGGCCUGGCGUCAUAAAAGAACUCUUCGUUAACGAUGGCGAUACCGUGAAGCCAGGUCAGAAAUUAUGUACCAUCGACAUUGGUGCGAGCGGCGGAGCUGCGGCCGCACCCGCGGCAGAAGCGCCAAAACCCGCUGCACCGGCACCUGCUCCUCCUCCGCCAGCGCCACCAAAAGCAGCAACACCUCCUAGCGCGGCAGCACCUCCACCGUCGCCGGAACCCGCGGCAGCACCGAUUCCGCCUCCCGCUGCUAAGCCACCACCUCCGCAAGCACCUAUCGCUUCGAUGCCGGUCGCGGCUAUCAAACACGCGCAGUCGCUGGAAAGCGCGAAAGUUCAACUACCUCCCGCCGAUUACACGCGCGAGAUAAUCGGCACCAGGACAGAGCAGCGGGUGAAGAUGAACAGAAUGCGUUUGCGUAUCGCGGAACGUCUGAAGGACGCGCAAAACACAAAUGCUAUGUUGACUACUUUUAACGAAAUUGAUAUGAGUCGCAUUAUGGAGUUUCGAAAAACGCAUCAAGAGGCAUUCACGAAAAAAUACGGUAUCAAACUUGGAUUCAUGAGUCCGUUCGUUGCGGCCAGUGCUUACGCUUUAAAAGAUCAACCUGUAGUAAACGCUGUAAUAGAUGGCACCGACAUAGUAUAUAGAGAUUACGUAGACAUUAGCGUAGCGGUCGCGACGCCCAAGGGACUUGUCGUGCCGGUGCUACGCAGUGUAGAGAAUAAAAAUUUUGCCGAGCUCGAGAUUGCUUUGGCCGCUUUAGGCGAUAAAGCCAGGAAAGGAAAGAUCACCGUUGAGGACAUGGAUGGCGGCACUUUCACGAUAAGCAACGGCGGUGUUUUCGGCUCGCUGUUGGGAACUCCUAUCAUUAAUCCGCCGCAGAGUGCGAUUCUCGGUAUGCACGGCGUCUUCGAUAAACCAAUCGCCGUUAAGGGACAGGUUGUCAUUAGACCAAUGAUGUACAUAGCUUUAACAUAUGAUCAUCGAUUGAUCGAUGGACGCGAGGCUGUAAUGUUCCUAAGAAAGAUCAAAGACGCCGUAGAAGAUCCUAGGAUUAUUUUGGCUGGCCUUUAAUAACGUGGAACACACGUUUGUCGCGCAUGUGUUGACAAUUUUUAUAAUCAUCGUAAAUAAGUAAGAGCGCGACGCGACAGUCUAUAAAAAUUCUCGGCAGGGAGUCUUCCCGCUUCGGAAACCUUAUCAUUGAAGCGUUAAGAAACGUUUCGAUGUUUCGUUUCGAAUCUAUCAAUCUCUAUAAGCUGAACAUGGGAUAAUGUGGCAAGUGCAGUCAUAAAUAACGAUAAGCAUGCUAGUCCUAUGUUUAUAAUUUUGAAUUCUUACAGUGGAAGUAUAAUGAGUCGCCUUUACUUAUGUUAACCUAGCUAUAUUGAACGAUUUUUGUUGUCGGAAUUUUUCGAUACGGCGAUCGCUCAAUGUGAUUGCAUAAUAUCGUUAGUCAUGUUUUACGCACGAAAUGUCGCGGUACCACGAACACAUAUUUUUAUUCUCUUCGUACGCAUCACGCUUGAUUUGGCAGAGAUGUGAGCGCAGACGGAAGUCGAGCUAGAAAGUACUUUAUUAGAUGUAGAUCAAAGCUAAAAUAAAAUCUCACCAAUCUAAAUGUUUAGCAUUGUUGAAUUGCGACCAUGAGUAUAUUAUACGUAACGCGAUUUAAUAGAUCUUUAAAAAUUCAACAGUGAUAUAUUAUAAUUUGCACUUGUACAUUAUAUCGAGUAUCUCUGAAUCUGUUCAUUGGAAACUUUUCUGCACUCUAAGAAAAGCGGGAUAUUAGCGAUCUCGUAUAGAUCAAAAUUGUUUUUAAAUAAAAGAAAGGAACCAGUGUGGGAUAUAUGUGUUUUUGUAGCAUAAAGUGUGGGGCAUUUAACGAUACGUUAACGGAUACACUGCCAAAAUCUGUAUGAAUUUUUCGAAAUAUCACUAAAUUGAGACGAAAAUCUGCACGAAUAAAGAUACGCUGCAUUGAUAACAAUGUUUGUCAUUGAUACACUGUACAAUAUUCUUAUGAUUAUGUCUUUAUAUUGUUAAUAUUCAAUGAAUCGUGAAAUGUGUGAAUAUCUUUAGUCUCAUUGUAAAAUACGUUGUAUAUUAUUCGAUAUUCCGUGUAUUAAUGACGAAACGCGUAUAAAGCACACUAAUUAAA